GAACGUUUCGCAUUCGACGGGUGUUCCGUAGUGUAGUUUACGAGUGGUGCCCGUUCCGAGGUCCCCUGCAAAGAAACGAAGUGCGGUUUGCUGGUUUCUUACUCCGGAAGGUGCCUUGGCUUGGAUACACAACAAAUCAGUCGGGCCUGCGAUGCGGUUUACACUAGAAUAGCAGCGCACCCGCGCCAACAAAUAUGCGUAGCUGCAUUCGGGCCCCGUGUUCGCGAAGUUUAGUGCAGCAUUUGUGACGGUGCACUUGACUUGCGCUGCUGCGCGUUGUUGGGAAUAUAAUCCUCGCGAGCUGUUAGCUCUAUCAACUUGGUGGUGGUGGCGGCGCGGCGGAUGCGGUUCGUUUUCCGUCCCGCUACUACUGCUGCUCCGUGACUCCCGGGGCGUCCGUGUCGCUUUGGGUAGCGCUGCAUUUCAACACAAAGUCAUUCGACGUGUGUGUUUGUGUGUGUGUGUGUGUCAACCGGCGGAGUGAGGCGACGCGGUUGGUUGUUGAGCUCGGUUUGCGCGGUGCUGAGUGAGAUGACGGCGCUCUGCCGCGAAGCGCGCGAGCCGUCCCGCCAGUAGCGCUAACAGUUACGGGCCGUUGCUGUUACGUUCGGGCGCGUGGCGUGCGUGGUGCUGGUGAAAUGGCUGCAGCGUCCGGUUCGGCUCCGGCGGACAGCGGGUCGUGGAGCGGCCCGCCAGGACCACCGCCAGCGCCGCCGCCGCCACCACCCGUCCCGCCGGUCCCCGGCGUCCCCCUAGCGGGCCAGGGACCGCCCGCCGUGGCAGUGUGGGAGUGGCAGGACGACCAGGGCCUGUGGCGCCCCUACAGCGGCCAGGUGAGCGCCUACAUCGAGCAGUGCCUUUCGGGACAGCGAGGGGCCCGGGCUGCCGGACCCGCGGCCACCAGCAUCCCCCUGGGGCACGCGGAGCCCGGCCUGGCGCCCUACAUCAUCGACAUCCCCAGCCUCAAGCAGUUCCGCCAGGACACGGGGAAAAUGCGCUCCGUACGUCGCAGCCUGUUCCCCCCGUCCUCUAUCCUGGGAAGUGGCAUGUACUGGGAGUGGGCGAACGACGAAGGGGGCUGGACGCCUUACGAGAUGCGCACCUCCAUUAUGCUGGAGCAUGGCUACCAGGCACGGCAGGUGGCUGUGGAUCUCGGUCCCCAAGGCUACAACUACGUGGUGGACCUGCGGGCGAUGGCGCAGGUGAACAGGGCCUCCGGCUAUCAGCGGCAGGUGCGCAGGCGCAUCGGGCAGCCUUAUCCACCGGCCGUUCCGGCCCCCGCCUCGGUCAUCCACUCGGGUCCAGCCUGCUCCUGCCAGCAGUGCCUGGGUGGAGGUGCGGGCGCCGGCAGCGGCGGUGGACCCGUUCCCAGCCGAUCGCGCCACUCCUUCUCUUCGGGGCAGGCAGGCCGGCCCACUUCGCAGGGGCCCGUACGGGCUCCAAGUAGCAGCCCUGCCUCGGUCUACUCCCCGUACCCCCGAAGGCCGCUCUCUGUGGGUGGCACGGCCUGGGGGGGGCCGUGGACGCCGGCCACCUCCUCCGGAGCCAGUAACUUCUCCAGCCAUAGCAGCAGCCUCAGCAUUCCGACAGUCCCGGUGCAGAUGAACGGGUCUACCAGCGUGAGCUCGGCUCUAGCAGGCAUGGCUUCCAUUUUGAUGUCGGCAGCGGGACUUGGAGUUCGCCUCACGAGCGCCCCCCUCCCGCAGCGCCUCCCGAGCAGGCCCACCAAAGCGCACGGCAACGUUAGGAGCGCAAAGAAACACAGGACAGAGCUGAAACCAGUGGAGGUGAUCCAGAAGUACAUGGAGAAAGUGACUCUCCCCCCCGAAGAGGACUGCAUUAUUUGUAUGGAGCGUCUCUCCGGACCCUCGGGCUACAGCGACUCGCCGGAGGAACAGGCCGUCACGGCCGACAGCGUGGGCAAGUUCACAAAGUGUGGACACACGCUGCACCUGCUCUGCAUGCUGGCCAUGUAUAACAAUGGAAAUAAGGAUGGCAGCCUCCAGUGCCCCUCCUGCAAGACAAUCUAUGGUGAGAAGACUGGGACACAGCCCAAGGGCAAGAUGGAAAUCUACAAUAUCCCUCAGCCGCUGCCUGGGCACCCUGACUGCGGCACCAUUCAGAUCAUAUACAACAUUCCGCCAGGGAUCCAGGGCCCGGAGCACCCAAACCCAGGCCAGCCCUACACCUGCCGAGGAUUCCCACGCCUCUGCUUCCUCCCUGACAAUGAAAAAGGACGAAAGGUGCUGGAGUUGCUGAAGGUGGCCUGGAGCCGUCGACUUAUCUUCACCGUGGGGACGUCCAGCACCACCGGGGAGGCUGACACCGUGGUGUGGAAUGAGAUCCACCACAAGACAGAGAUGAUGUCCAACGUGUCGGGUCACGGGUACCCAGAUCCCAACUACCUGGACAAUGUGCUGUCUGAGCUGGCCUCCCAGGGGGUUACUGAAGACUGCCUCAGAUCUGUUGGACAAAACCAGGGGGCAUCAUGAUGUAGACUGUGAUUGGUGCCUCCCCCGCGUGCAUUGGCAGCACGCAUUCUUUUCCCAGUCCCAUUUCAACACGAGGUGGAAGAAAGGAGGAAAUUCUCAGCAUAACACAUGUAAAACUUUCCUGUAUGCAGCAGUUACAGAAAUAAUGCAAUGCAAAUAAUUUUUUUUUUUUUUUUGGAAAAAGUGGGAGGGGUGGGGAAGUGGUUGACAACAUGUUGCAGGAAUCCCAGACCAGGAUAUAUUUUCAGAUUUCUAGAAAAUCAGUUUAAAAUUUAUUUUUCUUAAUGAAAAAAAACUAGCAGCAUACAUGUCUUCACACUUUUAAUAUUUAGGCGUAUUUGCAUAAUUGUAUGUGUUUGGAUUGAAAUCUGGAAUCCUUUAAUCCUUGUUAAUCUUGCAUUUAGUCACAGUUAUGGAUUUUCACAAUUCACUUGAGUUCUUAAAAUUUAGAAUGGAAUUUUUACAAAAUAUCCCUGAUGUAGUGCAGAGAUGGGUUGUGGGGGAAAAAGUGUUUCCCAAGUUCUGUUUAACUCUUGUUUGAAGACCUGUUUACGGAUUUUCGUUACUUUUUUUUCAGUUCACGUUUGUGUGCGAAAGUUACAUUUUCUUUGGCUGCAGUACAGUAGGUUUAAUAUAAGCAAGUAAUACUUUGCACUCUGGGUUUAAUCAUCUCAAACAUGAUUCUUGUCCUUUUGGAGAACCAGUGGCAUGUCUCACAGGACGUUAAAUAAACGGCUGCUGUAGUUCAAUGCAAUGUUAUCUUUAUGGAUCCACCAAAAAUUAACUUUUUUUUUUUUUUUUUUUUU